AAGUUUUUGCUAUCUUUUUGCUUAAUAACUACAGUAAUGGAGUCUUCCCAACUCUUUGGAGGACCAGAAGAGUGUAACAGCAGUGAAUCUGGGUGGACUAUGUAUCUUGGCUCCCCCAUAAAUGGUGAUGAUGAUGAUGAUCAGCAUGGCAACAAGGAUGAUGAUGAUGAUGAUGAUGAUGAUGAUGAUGGUGAUGGAGGUAAUGGUAAAAAUUACCUUCACGAAGAUCACAGUGAUGACUCUAUGGCUUCUGAUGCUUCUUCUGGUCCAAGUCAUCAAGGAACAGCUCAUCACAAGCAUCUCCUUUUGAUUUAUGGAUUUAGACAUAAGACCCGGUCUGAUUGGUGGUUGGAUCUGCCGGAUUUUGGCCAGGAAGAUGAAGCAGCGCGCUUGUGCGUCGCGUCGCAUCGCUUCGGGCUCCUUUUUCCAAGUUCCGCCGCGCCCGCGAGUGGGCGCUUAGGGACUGGCGCCGCGGCCGGGAGGCGGCGGCGCGACAAGGGUAGGAGGGAGGAGAGAGAAAACGGGAGAGAAUGA